CUGCCAUCUAGCGGCUGACAUGUGAAAAUCUCACUUGAAUUUCGAGCGUAGCUGUGAGCAGUAAGUCGAUUAAAGUACGUGCGAUUUAUUUUGAUUUGUUUAGAAAAUGGCAGACAAGCAGUUUGCGGGAAAAGAGCACGCGAAAAUAUACAGCGUUUACAGGAAGGAUACUCCCGUGGCACUUGCUGAAAAAUUUAUAUUUUAUUUGAAGGAAAAGUACGAUGGGCCUUUGGAUACAGCUGUGGACGUGGGCUGUGGCUCAGGGCAAAGCACCACCAUCUUGGCUUCCUUUUUCAAGCAUGUUUAUGGAAUGGAUUCAAGCGAAGCUCAGAUAAAAGAAGCUGAAGCCACUCGAGCUCUUGCCAAUGUGACUUACAAAGCGAGCCCUGCCGAAGUUUUGUCCUUCCCAGAUGGUUCUGUUCAAAUGAUCACUGCAGGGGCCAGUCUUCACUGGUUUGACAUGGAUGCAUUUUUUCCCGAAGCGCGAAGAGUUCUGUGCAAUAAUGGAAUUUUGGCCGUGUACUGCUAUUACAGUAUAAAACCUCAUUUAAAAGAUCCUAAGCUGAUCGCUGCUGUGGAUGAGCUUUUUGAAGAGCAUUAUAAAGAAACAAGACGUUAUCAUCAUCCCAAAGCUCGGAUUGCAAUGGAAAGAUACAAAGAUGUCGAUUUUCCAUUUGAAGAAGUACAACGAAUGCCCGAUUUCCGGGAGUAUUUCGAAGGUCGUCUGACCGACAUUGUUGGCUACGUGAGCACAUUUUCUGGUUUCCAAAACUACCUGAAAGAAGAGAAAGAGAAGGCAGAAGCUUUUCUAUCACAUUUUAGCUCCAGGUUACAAGAAAUAGCUGCUGCUGAAAACAUAUCACCUGAAGACACCAUUAAAGUCUACAGAGACUUUACGGUCAUCAUAUGUAGAAAAGUGAAUGCUUAAUGAGUGCUUUAAAUUGAUGGAUGCACCAGAAAGAACCUUAUUAAAUUUGAAAUAUAUUGAUGUAUAAAAAGUAUAGAAAUUUGUAUACAUUAAUAAAGAUAUUUUUCGCAUAUAA